GGGUCAGGUGCUGUGUCGUCACAUCCGCACCACCCUCUUGCCGCCAUCUUGCGGGACGCCUCGUGUGACUUGAUUUUCGCAGCUCGGUAACUGGCCAGGCAGGCAGGGCCCGGACACUCAGACCCACACUCAAGAUGAAAGAAAUAAUAAUGAAUCAAGAAAAACUGGCCAAGCUGCAAGCACAAGUGCGCAUUGGUGGAAAGGGUACUGCCCGCAGAAAGAAGAAGGUUGUCCACAGAACAGCAACAGCAGAUGAUAAAAAACUCCAAUUCUCCUUAAAGAAGCUUGGUGUGAAUAAUAUUUCUGGUAUUGAAGAGGUGAACAUGUUCACAAACCAGGGAACAGUCAUCCAUUUCAAUAAUCCUAAAGUUCAGGCUUCACUUGCUGCUAAUACAUUUACGAUCACAGGACAUGCAGAGACUAAGCAGCUGACUGAGAUGUUGCCCAGUAUCCUGAAUCAACUUGGAGCAGAUAGUCUGACCAGCUUAAGGCGGCUGGCAGAGUCGCUGCCUAAACAACCUGUGGACAGCAAAGCACCACUUGCUUCUGGUGAAGAGGAUGAUGAUGAAGUUCCAGAUCUUGUUGAAAAUUUUGAUGAGGCUUCAAAGAAUGAAGCAAGUUGAACAGAAGUUGACAUCUGAAGACGCGAACUUGAAAUGGCUUUGAGAAGCUGCCCUUUGUAUUAGUUUUUUUCUUUUGUAAUCUUGCAUUUUUGUACUGUUAUGGUAUUUCAUGGUUUUGCAAUCAUAUGGUGGCAGAAUUAUCCUAUUUUUGUUUACCAUGGCAGCUCUUCUAAUGCUGAGUCGUGCAAAUGGAAUGUUUACUAACUUUGCAGCCUGGUUAAAAUGAAAUAAGUCUGAACUGAAUCUAGCAUUGGAUUGGAAAUAAAGAAGAGAAGUGUCUAUUUUGGUCUAUUUAAUUACAGAUUGUCGAGAUGUUGGGGUAAAACAAACAGCUAGAAAAUUGGCAUUUUUUCCACUCGUGGGAAGUACUUAAAUUUUGAUUUGGUUCACAUUUCUGAGAUGUCUGCAGAAAUGAUCAGUCACCUGUUUGAAACAUCUGCUGCCAGAUAUCCAGAUUUGGGUAGCUGAUUGACCCUAUAUUAGCAUUCCUGUUCGUAAUUUGCUCUGUGGACCUAAGUGGAUCAAGUAUUAAAAAAUCACUGGAGUGUAAACUGUACUGGAUUCAUAGCCCAAAAUUACCAGGAUUCAACAAACUGAAGUAGAUGUAUAACAAGUGAUUUUUAUUUGUACUGUGCUUUGAGAAUAACAGAUCCAGUAUAAUUCAUGAAUGUUUAAAAAAUUUAAUCUAUUUUCAUGUUUUAAAUAUAGCUCCACUCUAACCUGAUACAGUAUUCCUGCGUGCCACUUAAACUGCUGUCAGAAGCCAAAGGAGGGUCCGAUCAAGUAGUUACAGUAUAAGCAGCUUAAGGAAUAUGGAACAGACACGUUGUAAAAUUCAGUGUUCUCUUUUUCCUCAACCUUGCAUGAAUUAUAAUGCAGAUUAAGCUUUUGAAUCUGUUGUGGUUCUCUGUUUCCUUUGCUUUCUGCUCCCUAAAACCUAACUCACUUUACUACAUGUUGAAUGUCGAUCAAUAAGGGGUGAAACUUCAAUUUCCUGAAUGCAUACUUCAUAUUUGGAAUGAAAAAUCUUUCAGGAAAGACUGAAAAAGGGCACACCAGUUUUUCAUUGCAAUUUUUCUUCAAUGUCUGGGAGGGUAAUUGCAAACCGGAUGAGAGGCACUUUGACCAUGUUCAGAUGGUUAAAAGCAAGUGAAUUUUGCUUAAAGUUGUGAUAACCUUAUCAAUCAGCUUACAUUACUGUGCUUUGUGCACUAACUGCAAACAAUCUCUUAGAAACUGUAUAUUGUGUGUAACUCCCUUUUAGUGUAUCAUGAAAUAGUGUACCAGUGACCAAAUAGAAUGGUUAACUGUAGAUGGCCUUAUGGCAGUAGUAAACAUACAGACGUGAUACUUGAGUGAAAUAUCCUGAAAUAAAAUGAUGCCCACUUGUGGCAUCAAAGGGAGUUCUUCAUAAAUGAACUGUUUCAAAGAUUCCAAUAGCUAUUAUUUGUUAAUGUUUACAACUUGGUAAUAAGGGCUGACUAGGAGCUGUCAACUUUUAUAUAUAGCUGUUGCCCUUUAAUGUUUUAGAAUAUCUGACAAUUAGUAGCUGCUUUCUGUGUGUAUAUAAUGUUCACAUUUUUCCGGAAAUACAUGAGAAUCUUGUGUUCACUUGGUACGUAAUACUAAAGGGGUUCUUUUGUAUAACUUGGCAUUCAGUUCAAACAGUGUAAAUUUAAUAUUUACCAUUCUAUGACAACAGCUAUUUCUCUUUACAGAGUAAAUAUGGUCAAGUUUACUGCAAUAAAAACGUAUUGGGACAUCUGUUUGCAGCCCACAAAAUGUAAUCAUUUAACAGAUGAAUGAGAGAAAUGCAUGUGAUAGUUUUUAUAGUGCAGCUAUAAAAAUAUUCUUUAUCCUAAGCAUUUACUCGCCUUUUCUUAAAUGCAGUUUGAGUUAAUAUGGUGCUUGAAAGUAUUAAAUUGUACAAAAUAGGAAUUUAAAA